GGAGGGAGAGUGGAUGUGGACAGAUAGUCGUGUCUUUCGCGGCAUGGUACACUACGGGUGCGCGAAAACCGACAGCGGUGGAGUUGAGUGCUUCGUAGAGUUCAGUGAGACGCCACGUUGCUCGAUGGAGGACCCGCCCGGAGAGAUGGUGCGCGCGGAGAUGGCGGACGAGAGCAAGGUCGGCGCGUUGACGAGAUUCGUCGAGGUGCUGGCGACCAUUGGCUCGUUCCUGCUGGUACUCGUCACGCUGCCCUUCUCGCUGUGCUUCACGUUCAAGGUCGUGCAGGAGUACGAAAGGGCCGUUGUAUUCAGAAUGGGGAGGCUGAAAAGCGGCGCUUACGGGCCAGGGACGUUUUUCGUGAUGCCGUGCGUGGACAGCUGCGUACGGGUGGACCUGAGGACGGUGUCGUUCGACGUACCGCCGCAGGAAAUUCUCACCAAGGAUUCCGUCACGGUGAGCGUGGACGCGGUCGUCUAUUACCGGAUAAAGGAGCCGCUGAAUGCCGUAAUCAAGAUAGCCAAUUACAGUCACUCGACUCGACUGCUGGCAGCCAGCACACUGAGAACGGUGCUCGGCACGAGAAACUUGGCGGAGAUCCUCUCGGAUCGCGAGACCAUCUCCCACACCAUGCAGUCAUCCCUGGACGAGGCCACGGAUCCUUGGGGCGUCAAGGUCGAACGAGUGGAAAUAAAGGACGUUCGACUUCCGGUGCAGCUGCAACGAGCCAUGGCCACGGAGGCAGAGGCCACAAGGGAGGCUCGGGCCAAAGUGAUUGCAGCGGAAGGGGAGAUGCUGGCUUCCCGUGCUCUGAAAGAGGCCAGUGAUGUCAUUUCCACGAGUCCGGCUGCUCUUCAGCUGCGAUAUCUACAAACGCUGAGCAAUAUAUCCGCGGAGAAGAACUCGACCAUCAUCUUCCCCCUGCCAGUGGAAUUACUGGCUCCGUUCUUCAACAACAAGCUGCACGCGAACGGGAAUCAAGAAGCCGUCAACGGAGCAACUCGGCACGAAGCGGCUGAAGGCCCGACCAGACAUUCAUUAGGACAUUGACAGGCGUAUCAAAGCGAAGAGAUACACGUAUAUAUAUAUAUAUAUAUAUAUAUAUAUAUAUGCAUGUAUAUCAAACUUUGGAUUAUCCUCGGCAGAUUUCACAAGGUUUCGGAACAGCAUGUCGGAUUAAUUGCGUGACCUUUGAUCGAAUCCGACGGCAAGCAGAUACACUUGAUUGGAAACCGAUACGUGAGCAUACGCGAAACUCGACGCGUUUGCUUAUCGUCAAAGCGCCUCACGCCCUUCGGCCAAAUUACCUGUUUUCGUCUCGGGCGAUAUCCAUCCGUACGUUGAAAGGGACCGGCGUCGGGAACCGCGUCAUCGCAAACUCGCGGUCAGCUCGCUGAAUAAAUAGAUAAUCGUGUAAUUCGUCACUCGGCUUCUGUUUGAUUUCCAACGACGCGCGUUCCCACGCGACCGGAAGAAAAUACAUAGGGCAGCGUUUCAACUGUCGGAAUGUCUGCCGAGGUUGACGUACAAGUGGAAGAAAAAAGUCGGACGAAACAACUUGACAAAAUGACUGAUCAACGAUACAUAACGUGUAAUAACGAAAUUUAUUGAUA